AUGUCGGCCAAAAGAGUUGCUGUAAUCGGUACGGGUCCCGCCGGGGCCAUUGCGGUGGAUGCCCUCGUGCAGGAGAAGGCGUUUGACGUGGUGCGCGUCUUUGAGCGACAGGAAAAAGCGGGCGGGUGCUGGGUCUCUCGAACAAGCGAGACCCCCGUUCCGCUUGAUAUCGACAGUCUCUCGACCAGGUCGGCAGAUUCACCGGUGGCAAUUCCCUCGGAGCUGCCGCUGUAUGCGCCGACGCUGUCGAAGCACCGCUUCGACGACUCGCAUGUGUAUCCCACGCUGCACACCAACGUGGAAGCCUCCGUGAUGGAAUACUCGCAGGAGUCGAUCCCAGCCAUUCGCUCUGCCGAGUCGGUGAACCUGCAUGGCCCGGACACGCCGUUUCGCCACCACACCGUCAUCCGCCAGUAUAUCGAGGAUCUCCUGAAUCGUCACGGCUACCAGGACCUGGUGGAGUACAACACCACCGUCGAGCGCGCCGUCAAAGACACGGCCACCGGCAAGUGGACCCUGACGCUCCGCCGCGCAGGGAAACCGGGCGGCUUUGACUACUGGUGGUCGGAGUCGUUCGAUGCGCUGGUCGUAGCCUCGGGACAUUACAAUGUGCCCUUUGUGCCGGCAAUUCCCGGACUGAAGGAGUUCUCCGCGAGAUACCCAGGGAGCGUGCUGCAUACCAAGCAGUAUCGAGGGCCGGAGCAAUAUCGCGGCAAGUAUCAGACGGUCAUCACCGUUGGCGCCUCCGUCUCCGCAGCAGACACGGCAGUCAGUUUGAUCGGCUCUGCACAGGCUCCUAUUCACGCCGUCGUUCGCGGCAAAUACAACGUCUACUUUGGCGACGAGGCAUUCAAGCAUCCGCAGAUCCAGCGUCGGCCACCAAUCUCACAUAUCUCCAGCGACAACGGCGAGAGAACGGUACAUUUCGAGGACGGCACCUCCGUCGCCAACGUCGACUACAUCAUUCUCGGCACGGGAUUCACUUGGACGCUGCCUUUCUUGCCGGAUAUUCCGGUCCGCAACAACCGCGUCCCGGAUCUCUAUCUGCAUGUCUUCCAUCAACGGGACCCGUCGUUGGCGUUCCUCGGAGCGGUUGGCGCCGGACUGACCUUUAAAGUCUUCGAGUGGCAAGCCGUCGCCGCAGCUCGCGUCCUCGCCGGCAAGGCGCAAUUACCCUCGCUGGACGAGCAGCGUCGAUGGGAAACGGAGAGGAUUGCCAGCAAGGGCGACGGACCGGGUUUCUUAAUGCUUCACCCGGAUUUCGAGCAGUACUUUGAGCAGCUGCGUCAGCUGGCAGGAGAGCCGCAGGGGUCGGGUCGGCGAUUGCCGGUGUUCCAGCAGGCGUGGGUGGAUGAUUUCAUGGAGGGGCAUCAGAGGAGAAUCCGCAUGUGGAAGAAGGCGAAUCAAGAGGGCCACGAGAGUAGCAAAAUGCGUCCCUUCUUUGCAUGGACACUGGCUCUGCCUCUUCCUCUGACGGCGGCCAAAUCGCUGUGGUCCGAUUCUCCGGGCGAAUAUGACAAGUUCAUCACGACGGCGUUUCCAUUGGGGAAUGGACGACUGGGUGGUAUGUCCUAUUCCGGCGGAAACCCCAACUCAUCCGUCGCCGACGCUCUGCCCGGCAUCCGCGACUUCAUCUUCCGCAACGCCACGGGCAAUGUCUCUGCGCUACUGGCGGAUUUCCCCUCCUACGGGUCGUAUCAGGUCCUUGGGAAUCUGACGGUGGAUUUGGGAGAGUUAGGCAGUGUAAGUGGGUAUCGGCGGAGUCUGGAUCUAGAGACGGGGGUGUAUACGGACGGGUUUAAGGCGGGGAAUGGGUCGAUUCAACGAGAGGCCUUCUGCUCCUACCCCGACCAGGUCUGCGUGUAUCGCGUCCGAUCGGACUCGUCCCUGCCGGCUGUGUCGAUCGGGCUGGAGAAUCAAGUCGUCUCGCCGACUCCCAAGGUAACCUGUCACGGUGGCACGGUCAGUCUGGACGGCCAGACAUUCCCUGACAUCGGGAUGGUGUAUACUGCGCGGGCGACUGUCGUGACUGGAUCGAAGACAAGUGGUGAUCUGUGCUCUUCGUCCUCGGAAUUGACCGUCCCAUCGGGUCAAUCCGAGAUCUACGUCGUCCUGGCCGCUGGGACGAACUAUGACGCGAGCAAGGGGAACGCAGCGGCCGGGUAUUCGUUCAAAGGCGAAGACCCGGCCAAGGAAGUGCAAGCCACCGUCUCUAAAGCCGCCAAGAAGUCCUUCUCGCGAUUGAAGAAGUCACAUGUUACCGACUUCCGGUCCAUCUACGGCGGAUUCACGCUCAGUCUGCCGGACCCAAAAGACUCGGCAAAGAAACCCACGACGGACCUGCUAUCCUCGUACCGCCAGCCGGGCGAUCCCUUCGUCGAGAACCUCCUCUUCGACUACGGUCGAUAUCUCUUUCUCUCGUCGUCGCGGCCCGGCAGCUUGCCGCCGAACCUGCAGGGUCUGUGGACGGAGCAGGACUCGCCCGCGUGGAGCGCCGACUACCACGCGAAUAUCAAUCUGCAGAUGAACCACUGGGGCGUGGAGCAGACGGGUCUGGGAGGGCAGACGGAGCCGCUGUGGACGUAUAUGACGGAGACGUGGAUGCCGAGGGGCGCGGAGACGGCCAGACUCCUGUACGGCGCGGAGGAAGGGUGGGUGGUGCAUAACGAGAUGAAUGUUUUCGGACACACAGCGAUGAAGAACGGCGCCGGCUGGGCGAACUACCCCGUGGCGAACGCGUGGAUGAUGCAGCACGUCUGGGACCAUUUCGACUACACCCAGAACGUCUCCUGGUAUCGACAGACAGGGUAUCCGUUGCUGAAGGGCACAGCGCAGUUCUGGCUCUCGCAGCUGGUCGAAGACGAAUACUCCGGCGAUGGAACGCUAGUCGUCAACCCCUGCAACUCGCCAGAGCAUGGCCCGACGACCUUCGGCUGCGCGCACUACCAGCAACUCAUCUGGGAAGUGUUCGACCACGUCCUCCGCGGCUGGGACGCCUCGGGCGACACCGACAAAGGCUUCAAAGCCGCUAUCUCAGCCGCGCUGUCCAAGCUGGACACGGGCGUGCACAUCGGCUCGUGGGGCCAGAUCCAAGAGUGGAAAGUCGACUGGGACGUGCGGAACGACACACAUCGACAUCUCUCCGAGCUGUACGGCUGGUAUCCGGGGUACGCGCUGUCGUCGGGACAGGGGGGCAACAGGAGCGUGGCGAAGGCCGUGGAGACGACGCUGCGGUCGCGCGGGUCGGGCAUCGAGGACCAGAACACCGGAUGGGCGAAGAUCUGGCGCAGUGCCUGCUGGAUGCUAUUGAAUAACACGGACGAGGCGUACGCAGCGCUGACGCUCGCCGUGCAGAACAAUAUCGCCGACAACGGCUUCGACAUGUACUCCGGGUCGCCGCCGUUCCAGAUCGAUGCGAACUACGGCAUCCUGGGCGCGGUGGCGUCGAUGCUGGUGCGCGAUCUCGACCGCGGCCCUGCGGACGUCGCGCGCGCGCAGGAGGUGGUCUUGGGACCGGCGAUUCCGGCCGCCUGGGGAGGAGGGAAGGUGAAGGGCGUGCGACUGCGAGGGGGAGGCACCGUGCGGUUUGAAUGGGACACGAAGGGCGUGGUCACCUCCUGUCGGGCGGAUCUGACGCGACGCGCAAAGGGGACGCCGAAGGUGGUCUUUUCAGUGCGAGGAGGACGCCGGAUUACGUGCUGAGCUGCAUCUAUCCCUUGCAUGUAUAUCAAGAAAGGAGACUAAUU